AUGAAAAAUCUUGAAGUUCAGAUGGGACAGAUAGGACAACAGUUAGCAGCAAACUCUCAAACCCCUGGAACCCUACCUAGUGGUACGGUGACAAAUUCGUGGGAACAUAACACUGUUAACGCUGUCACAACCCGAAGUGGGAAGUCAACCGAGGUAAAUGAUAUAGAAAAAGAUGGAUUAAUAGAGGUGGAUUUAGAAAUCAAGGAAAUAAAAGUCCAAGAUGAAGAAGCAAUACCACCUCCUGUCCAGGAUAAGGAAAAGAAGAAGAAGAAUCAACAUGAGAAGAAUUUUGAGAAAUUUCUGGAAAUGUUCAAGAAACUCGAAAUCAAUAUCCCUUUUUCUGAAGCAUUGGAACAAAUGCCAAUAUAUGCCAAGUUCAUGAAAGACAUAAUUUCCAAGAAGCGUUCCACUGAUACUGAACCGAUCAUCCUGACUGAAACACGCAGUGCCAUUCUCCAAGGCAUGAAAAUACUAGUGAAAAAGAAAGACAGGGGAUCAGUUACUAUUCCUUGCAUUAUUGGUGAUCGAAAAUUCAAGAAGGCUCUGAUUGACUUAGAAUCAAGUGUAAGUUUGAUGCCACUAUCCAUCUAUAAGAAAUUAGGCAUCAGUUCUGUUCAAGAUACUCGAAUGACCCUUCAGUUUGCGGAUCGCUCAGUUCGGAGACCCUAUGGUAUUGUGGAAGAUGUUCUUGUAAAAAUUGACAAAAAGAUUCCAACAAACAAAUUUGAUCCUGAAUUGGGAAAAAUGUCACUUCAUAGUCCGGGAAGGAAUCGUAUUGGGACAUAA